GAACUUCCCCAAUCAAAUAGUUUGCUAAUGCUCAAGCCUCCCCAGAAAUGGCAGUGUCGAACAAGCUUGUCCCCCUCACCGUCAUCAAGGGUGCCGGCCACGAGUUCAUCCCUCUCCCCGCGGGCCAGAACGCCACGACAGCCGAUUUCCACUCCAUCCGCACCCAGACGGCCGACUCCCCCUCCUACUUUACUUCGGGAUUCUACAAGAUCGAGGCUGGCCCCCACCGACCUGCGCACUAUGCUUUCGAGGAGACCAAGUAUGUGUUGAGUGGGCAGAUCGAUGUUUUGGAUGAGGCAACCGGGAUCACUCACCAUCUAGUCCCCGGUGACUUUGCAUUCUUCCACGUCGGCUCCAAAGUUCAGUUCUCAACCAAGUCCCAAGGAUUCGCCUUUUAUGCUGUCACUCGACCCGUUCGGUCCCCGCACCCUAACCUUGUCGGCCGAGAGGAGGAUAAAGCCCGGCUGUGAGGAGAGAGAUCACAAGAACACCGUAUGUAGAUAUGUCUUGUUUAUUAACGCACACUUGAAUUCGUCCUGAUUCUAUGUCCGCGGGACAAUUGUCGAUGAGCCUCUUGAUCUUUAUUAAAAAUAACAUACAUGAUAAUAA